CAUAAACAAAUUUUGGAAAAGUGUAUGCUUUUCUGUAUUUUUUUUGUAUCCCUCCAACAUUAGGAAAAAACAGGUGAAAACGAAACAAAAAACAUUCGUUUCGUGUGAUAGUGUCGGCCAUAAAGAAAACCAGUUCAUGAACCGGCACGCAUCACCAAGUCGCUGUAAUCCCAGUUGAAACGUUGACGGAAAGGAAGUGGAAGAAAGAUCAGGAAGAAACCCGGUUACAAAGUAAUUCCCACAGUAACCUUCAAGCUUCACACCUUGUGGCCCUUUUUCUUCCCAAGUUUAAUCCCGAUUCGAUUCUCCGCCGGUUACUUCCCCGUUCUUUUCUAUCACUUUUUCUUCUGUUAAUCACAUAUACUUCCGUUUCUUACCUCACAAAUUUUCUGUCUUACCUUGCAAUUCUGAAAUCUUUUCGGCUGUAUUGGCUUAAUUUCUCCUGCAGCAAAGGAAUUCGCCAGAAGAAAUAUACUUGGGCGGCCCAAGUUGGGCCUGUUUACUGGAAAUUUGAAUGGCUUUUUUGGCUGAUGUUGCAUAGAUGGAAAGUAGAACUACACGACCGUCUGGUCUGGCUGUGAUGAUUCAAUGGUAAACGUCAAAACCUCACAUCCUCCUAUCAUAUCUUAUAGACCUAUACGACCAUCUGAUUUGAAAGUUCUUGAGAAGAUCCAUGAAGAUUUGUUCCCUAUCAGGUAUGAAUCUGAGUUUUUCCAGAAUGUUGUAAAUGGGCGUGACAUUGUAUCUUGGGGAGCAGUUGAUUGCAAUAGGCCCAAUGAUCAGUGUGAUGAACUUAUUGGAUUUGUAACUGCACGAACUAUGAAUGCAAGAGAAAGUGAGGUAGAUGAUUUGAUUAGGUUUGACCCAUCGAAGCCAGACCAGACUUUAGUUUAUGUCUUAACUCUGGGAGUCUUGGAAUCUUAUAGAAAUCUUGGAAUAGCAAGUUCUCUAAUUCAUGAGGUCAUAAAAUAUGCCGCAAGCAUGCCAACUUGCCAAGCAGUAUACCUGCAUGUGAUCUCUUACAAUCAUGCAGCUAUCUUGUUAUACCAGAAAAUGUCAUUCAAGUGUGAAAGGAGGUUGCAUUCUUUUUAUUUGAUCAAUGGCCAUCACCAUGAUGCAUUCUUGUUUAUAUACUAUGUGAAUUCUGGCCGAUCUCCUUGCUCACCCUUAGAGGUAUUUACCGUUUUGAUUAGUUAUGCAAAGAGUAGGUUCAAGUCUAUAUGUACAAGAUUGUGGAAAUGUGAUGAAAGAAAGACUUCCAAGUGGCCCAGCUGUAAAGAAACAGGUUGCCUUCUCCCCACAUCACAGAAUAAGAGGGCACACAACUGAAACUACAAGAAUUCAAUUUGCUUAAAGUUCCAUAAGAACUUGCAAACAUGAUCAUUUCUUGUUUGUUAGUCCCUCAAAUUUGUCAUAUUUCAUGCCUCUCUAAAGAGGCAUAUUUGUGUCUCAAAUAGUUUAAAAACAGACACUUAUAUAGAUGUGAAUCUAAUUAAACCGCGUGUUGGAGCUCAUCAUUGUGCAUUUCAUGCUGUGUUUUGUUGUGAUUUGUUUCAUUUGUUGGAGUGUCUCAC